GUGUGAGAUAUGAAAAAGAUGGAAAAUGAAGAAAGAAAUAGUAAAAAAUGAUCACUAAAAGACUAUUGUUUUCUCACUAUCUCCCUCUCUCUUUCUCUAAAUAACACACAUGUACCCAUCAGAAAUGAAUCUCCCACUUCACCUUUAAAUUCAAUAUUCAAUAUUCAAUAUUCAAUAUUAAUUUUCAUAUUGUUUCUCUCUUCUUACUCCAAAAUGACCACCACAUCUUCACUCUUCCUCUUCUUCUGCUUUAAUCUUACUCUUUCCUCUACCCACCACUCCAUUUCUUCAUUCUCUUUUUCCCUUUAACUCUCAAAUUCUUCAAUCCUCAACACAAUUUCUCACACACCAUGGCCAAGUUAAUAGUACAAAUUCUUGGUGCAACUGAUCUUAUGCCUAAAGAUGGCCAAGGUUCUUGUAAUCCUUUUGUACAAGUCGACUUUGAUGAGCAAAGACAGAGAACACACACCAAGAUUAGAGACCUUAAUCCAAGCUGGAAUGGUGAGGAGCUGGUCUUUAAUGUUGGAAACCAAAGAGAUCUUUCUGGCAAAACUAUUGAGGUUGUUGUUUAUCAUGAGAGACAAGGUCAUGAUACUUCUGGUCAUGACAAGAAUUUUCUUGGUCGUGUUAGAAUUUCUGGUGAUUCUGUGUCUUUGUCUGAAUCUGAAGCUAGUAUUCACAGAUAUCCACUUGAAAAACGUGGACUGUUUUCUAAUAUUAAAGGCGAUAUAGCUCUCAAGAUUUUUGCUCUUCUUGAUGGUAAUGCUCAUAAUUACUUUUCUUCUCCUCCUCCCUCUGUUUCUCAUCAUUUUCAACAGCCAAAAAAUGCUGUUAAUUAUGAAAACGAAGCUAUUCCUCUUCAAGAAAUCAGUACCAACAAGCUUGAACAUGAUUUUCUCGAGAAAAAGAGCAAGAAAAAGAAGGAAAAAGAAGUCAGGACUUUUCACUCUCUAGGAACUGCAGCUGGUGGAGGUUCUGCUCAUCAUCAUCAGAAUCCUGCUCCUGCUCCUGCUCCGGCUAUGUCCUCCGGAUUUGGAUUCGGGUUCGGGUCCCAGACUCAUGUAAUGAAAGAAAAAACGCCUACAGUUGAGGCAAGAACUGACUAUGCUAGAGCAGGGCCAGCUACUGUAAUGCAUAUGCAAGUUCCUAAGCAGAAUCCAGAGUUCUUACUGGUGGAGACUCGUCCGCCGUUGGCCGCCCGUAUGCGAUACAGAGGCGGAGACAAGACGAUGAGUACUUAUGAUUUGGUUGAGCAGAUGCAUUAUUUGUAUGUGAGUGUGGUUAAAGCUAGAGAUCUUCCAGUUAUGGAUGUUACUGGAAGUGUUGAUCCAUAUGUGGAAGUGAAGCUUGGGAAUUAUAAAGGCAGAACUAAACACUUGGAGAAGAAUCAAAAUCCUAUGUGGAAUCAAAUUUUUGCAUUCUCCAAGGAUAGAUUGCAGGCUAAUUUGCUUGAAGUUACUGUAAAAGAUAAGGAUUUUGUUAAGGAUGAUUUUGUCGGUAGAAUUAUGUUCGAUCUGACCGAAGUUCCGCUUCGUGUUCCGCCGGAUAGUCCACUGGCUCCUCAAUGGUAUAAAAUGGAGGAUAAGAAGGGUGAUAAAACUAAGCAAGGGGAAAUUAUGCUUGCAGUUUGGAUGGGAACACAAGCUGAUGAAUCAUUUCCUGAAGCAUGGCAUAGUGAUGCUCAUGAUAUUGGUCAUACAAAUUUGGCUAAUACUAGAUCGAAGGUUUACUUUUCGCCGAAAUUGUAUUACCUUCGAGUUCAUGUUAUGGAAGCACAAGAUCUUUUCCCUUCCGACAAGGGUCGAGCACCUGAUGUGAUUGUGAAAGUUCAGCUAGGAAAUCAGGGAAGAGUGACUCGAGCUGCUCGGAGCAUUAAUCCGGCUUGGGGUGAAGAGCUUAUGUUUGUAGCGUCGGAGCCUUUCGAGGAUUACAUAAUUGUGUCUGUUGAGGAUAAGGUUGGACCCGGGAAGGAUGAGAUCAUGGGAAGAGUGAUUAUACCGGUUAGAGAUGUUCCGCCGAGGAGAGACACUGCGAAACUCCCGGAUCCUCGCUGGUUCAAUCUCCUGAAACCUUCAUUGGCGGUAGAGGAAGGUGCAGAGAAGAAGAAAGAUAAAUUUUCUAGCAAGAUUCUGCUUUGUCUCUGUUUAGACACAGGGUAUCAUGUUCUUGACGAGUCUACUCAUUUCAGCAGUGAUCUACAGCCAUCCUCCAAGUUCCUCAGAAAGGAAAGAAUUGGAGUUCUUGAACUUGGGAUCUUAAGUGCAAGAAACUUGCUGCCCAUGAAGGGGAGGGACGGUCGGAAUACCGAUGCGUAUUCUGUAGCCAAAUAUGGUAACAAAUGGGUACGGACCAGAACACUUCUCGAUAAUCUGAAUCCUCGUUGGAACGAGCAGUAUACGUGGGAUGUUCAUGAUCCGUGCACUGUGAUCACCAUUGCCGUUUUCGAUAACUGCCAUAUUAAUGGAAGCAAGGAGGAUGCAAGGGAUCAGCGAAUCGGGAAGGUAAGAAUUAGGCUUUCGACUUUAGAAACUGAUCGCAUAUACACACAUUAUUACCCUCUGCUAGUUCUUACAUCCGGCGGAUUGAAAAAGCACGGGGAGAUUCAGUUGGCUUUGAGGUUCACCUGCACUGCUUGGGUGAAUCUGGUGGCACAAUAUAGCAGGCCACUGCUUCCCAAAAUGCAUUACAUUCAACCAAUAUCGGUUAGACACAUUGAUUGGCUUCGCCACCAAGCAAUGCAGAUAGUGUCUGCAAGACUAGGAAGAGCAGAGCCUCCUCUCCGGCGGGAAACUGUUGAGUACAUGUUGGAUGUGGAUUACCAUAUGUGGAGUCUGAGAAGAAGUAAAGCCAAUUUCGGCCGCAUAAUGUCGCUGCUUACCGGAAUUGCAGCUAUCUGUAAAUGGUUUAACGACAUCUGUACUUGGAGAAACCCGAUAACAACCUGUCUCGUGCACGUAUUGUUCUUGAUUCUGGUUUGCUAUCCAGAGUUGAUACUGCCCACUAUCUUCCUCUACCUGUUUGUGAUAGGGAUAUGGAACUAUAGGUUCAGGCCUAGGCACCCACCUCACAUGGACACUCGAAUUUCACAAGCGGACAAUGUGCACCCAGAUGAGCUCGACGAGGAAUUCGACACAUUCCCAACGACACGACCAGCAGAUAUCGUAAGAAUGAGAUACGAUAGGCUGAGAAGUGUUGCAGGCAGAGUACAGACAGUUGUUGGGGAUUUGGCGAGCCAAGGCGAAAGGGCGCAGGCAAUACUUAGCUGGCGUGAUUCAAGGGCGACAGCCAUAUUCAUAAUCUUUUCAUUGAUCUGGGCUGUAUUCAUAUACAUCACUCCGUUUCAGGUUGUGGCUGUACUGGUCGGACUCUACUUGUUGCGACAUCCCCGGUUCAGGAGCAAGAUGCCCUCUGUGCCUGUCAACUUCUUCAAGAGAUUACCAUCCAAAUCAGAUAUGCUUUUAUGAGCUGCAAUGCAAAUUACUGUCAGUAAAACAUUUAUUUGGUUUAUUUAUUGUCUAGUUGAGAAAGUAAAUAAAUAGUUGGCCACUAUCGAACAAAGGACAGCGACAACGUACGUUUCUCCAACGAGCAACCAUCCUGCAAAAGAAUCUCACUUUUUAGAAUAUGCAUAUCAUACCUUUUUGAAUCUCAUAUAUUGAACCCCACCAUUCUUUUUGGCUCUGUAUUCUAUAUUCUGUAAUCUUGAUGAGCAAUAAUAUUCUGCAUUUGCACAAA